AAGUCGUAUGUGGUUGUCAAGCAAACUUUUGCUUCUAAGCAAAGUGAUCUCAGUCAGUGAAAUGUAUUUAUAUUUUUAGUCUGCAGUUUCCUGCAACAGGUUCCUGUGAGAGAUGAGUUGCUGUCAUGGUUCUGUGCCUAAGGGAGUCCGGCCUGGCACAGCUCGGGUCCUAGUCACUGAGCUGAGUGGAUCAGGCCACAUCAACCCAACUCCUGCCACCAAACCAUGUGAGGACGCAGAAGCAGUGGAUGUUUCCCUUUCUCCAGAGAAGCUGAAAUCGUUGUGUGGAACUCAGGACCUCUCUCACCUGACCUCACUGGAGAUCUGCUUGGACACACAAGAAAACACACUGGGUAACUUUGGUGCUUACUUGCCCAAACUGAUGCGGCUCAAAAUGAACAACAGCACAAUUUUGUCAGUGAGAGACCUGGGAACCACCCUCUCCCACCUGGAGGUGCUGUGGAUGUCCCGCUGCUCCCUACAACACCUAGAUGGCCUCUCUACUUUGUCCUCCCUAAAGGAGUUGUACCUUGCUUAUAACAAUGUGUCGGACCUGAGUCAGGCGGGCAUGCUGGAGAACCUGCAGCUGUUAGAUCUGGAAGGGAACGAUGUGGACGACCUGGUCCAGAUUCAGUACCUGGGGCUGUGUGGCAAACUCCAGACACUAACCCUGGAGGGAAACCCUGUGUGUGUGCUCCCAAACCCCCCUGCCAAACAGAUGGCAGACUAUAGUUAUCGGGCUGCAGUGAGGGAGUUGAUCCCUCAGCUGCGUUACCUAGACGAUGUAAGGGUGGAGGAGGAUGGGCUGAGCUGCAGCAGCAUCAUGGGAGAGGACUGGGCCAUCCUUCGAAACUCCAUCAGAGACUGCAACUCACCUCGCGCCGCUACUGACGACGAGGACACAGCAGACAGUGAAUGUCCUGACAGCAGACCCAGCUCCAGUCUCUCCGGCGUCUGGCCCCUCUCCUCAGCUGACUCCAGGCCCAUGUCAGCCUCCAGGCUUGGGGUUCUCUCCCCUCCUAGGUCCCAACCUGGUUCUGCAGACUCAAAUCUAGCAACAGUGGAAGCAGAAACCAGCAUCCUGACACAUGGAGCUGGCAAGAUUCUGUUCUGUGGAAACCCAGUCCAGGCCAUACGAUCGAGGCGAGAAAAGUUGAAGACGGCCCCCAGCAGGUCUACUUUCACCCCCCGUGACCUACCCAUCCAUGUACCAGAACACUCGUACGACCUUGAGGAGCCAGAUGUUAGAGAACGCGUCGAUGUGUUUGCUGAGCUUAGAUCUUGGAGGGAGCAGCACAGCAAGCGUCUCCAAUCCAUAGAGACAGGAAGAUUGCCCCAGGUCCUGGCUAUAAUGCAUAGUGACGAAGAGGAGGGGUACAAUGAUGAUGAAGAAGAAGGCUUUGGCUGUGUAACGAAUGACAGUAGUGAUGAAGAACAUGGAGCAGAGAAGCAUGGUGACAGCAGAGAUGCUGCCUCACCAGAUUCCUCAUUCCAGUCUCUUUCUCCAGACCUGCAUCAUAGAGAAGCUUUAUCCCCUGAGGUUGCUCAACUGUCCCUGUCUCCAGACACCACGCUGUACCCUUCCCCCCCUCUCAGCGUCACACUAACCACUGGUAUACAGCAAAAGCCAUCAGGGGUCCGCGCACGAAGGCUUCGACUCAGCCAUACCACCUCAGAACAUUUACCUGAUUUGAGAAGAGGGGGCUUCUCUGGGUCAGGUGCCGCCACAGGAGACACAGACCUGGCAUCUCAGAGGGUCCAGCAGCAGAUGGCCGAUGUCCGUCUGUUGCCCCUGCCUGCACACAAACCCCACCCACCUCUAGCAAGUGCCCUGGGUAAUGGGCUCUUGGAUUCAUGUGGAGAGUCGGACAUAUCCAGUAUACAUUCUGGCCGAAAGCUUCUUCAAACUCCUCAGAUGUCCAAACUCUCGGACAGACCAUCGAUAACUCGCCCUCACACAGCCAGUGCAGCUCUGCAGAAACAUCAGCAGCACCUCACACACCAGCCCUGCAGAGGGAGCUCACACCCAGACUGACACCAGUGGGCAGAUGUCUGGCUGCCUGACCAGUUGAUCAGUGAUCAGUCAAAUGCAGGGAGGCCAUUAAGGGUCAUUCCCCUUAUUUGCUCACUCACAUGCUCAACAUGAUUUGAAUGAACUGUAUUUUUGCCAUGUGAUGUUCUCUGUCUCUUUUUUAAGCUUAAGAUCUAUAAGACCUUGAAAGCAUUCCCAAUACAUGUUUGUAGUGGCCAACAUCACAGUCCUCUAACAUAAGUAAUUGAGCAAUACACAUCACAAACUAACAGUGUAAUUGGAUCCCUGAGAUGAUCAAUCUAGUGCUUCCGCGAUGCUGGUUGCUUUAUAAAGGCUAUAUGAGCCUGAUGAAAAAGAAAGGGGAUGUGACUGCACAUUUGCAUUUCUCAGGUUGAAUCAACUUACAGAGAACUCAAAUGCCAUCUUGUGUUUUACCCAAUUUAUUUGUUUCUGUAUAUUCUUUUUAUUCCUGAGCCGUAAGGUUAAUAUAUUGUAAAGGUUAACUUCAUCCAAAAUGUCCUGCAGUGACAUUGAGUGUUUUGACAUGCAUGGUGUAACAGUCUAACUUUGCCACUUGAGGGCACCAUCUGUAAUCAUUUCUGUGAAUCAAAAACUCAUGCCGUUGUUUAAACCUCUUUGGUCAAACAAUUCUUCAAAUCCACAACCUUGAAACUCAAGAUCUUUCAUUUUGUUGACUUGUUGUUCAUAUCUAAUAAAGCAUCUACAGUACAC